GUCUUCCGCGUCUUGGACAGGGGGUCCAGUGAGUUGCUGCUGUCGCUGGAGAACCUGGACUGGCGCACGUGCUACCUGACGUGCUUUCUGGCACGGUUCAUGCUGGUGACGAAGGAGAGGUGCGCCGCAAUGCGCUUGCCAAUCCGGUGGCGGAGCGGUGGCGAUUUGCCCUGGCUUGCGAAGCUGGGCAAUCUGCUGGCUGACGCGCCGAUGCCAACGGCCUACCGGCCUGUGGGCCGCGGCAUCACUCGCGAGAAGUUUAAGAGCCGGGCGCUGCUGGCGCUGAAGGAGUUUGUGGGCGAGGCGUGGCUGAAGGCUUGCGAG